AGUGUUGCCCCAUUUUCUGCUCUCUUUUAGCCUCACACAAGCUUGAGUAAAUGUGUUUAAGCUUUAUAGAUAACCACCAUAAAUACUAUUUUUCCUCUCUGCUUUUAUAUGCUGGUAUUAUAUGCUUCUGCAGUUAAAGCCAGGCAUGCCAGGGUUCUCUUGGCAAAAUGCUGCUGCCUCUCUUUGUCUUUCCCUUUCUAAGAUGAGGAUCAUUUCUCUAACUCCUUAUAUUCUGUAAGCCUAAAAUCUGCUUUGCAUUUCUGUCAGUUGGAAGACCUGGAGGUGACCGUGUCUGAUCAUAUUCAGAAGGUUUUAAAGCCAAACUUUGCAGCUGCAUGGGAAGAAAUGGGAGGUGACUUUGAGAAAGAAGAAACCUUUGCACUUAGUUCCAUUCAAACCCUUGAUGAAGCUGUCAAUAACAUCAUCAAGUUCUUGGGCAUGCAGCCCUGUGAGAGGUCAGAUAAAGUGCCAGAGAACAAGAAAUCUCACACGCUCUACUUAGCUGGUGUCUACAGAGGUGGCUGUGAUGUGCUGGUGAGGUCCAGGCUCGCGCUCGGAGACGGUGUCACCAUGCAGGUGACUGUUAGGAGCAAAGAAGAAACGCCUGUAGAUGUCAUCCUGGCUUCUGUAGGCUGAGUGUUACAGCCCGACUGUGGUGGAAACCCCCUUAGCGAGCACUGGUUGGGUAUUUACCAGCUAUCAAGCAGCCUGUCUGCCCUUCUGCAUGUAGUUUUUACUCCUCCAUUUGGUAUAUUUUGUACGUUACAGUAGUGGCAAUAGGUGGCUGGAACUGAGCCUUUCCCAUGUCCCUUCCCUUGUUGUCACUUCUACAUUCCCAUCUAACUUAUUGCAUCUCUGGCCACUUGCAGUAGAGCAGGGAAGGGAAAAGAGGCAGGUGGGAAGAAAAAUGGCAUCAGACUUUUGUCAAAAUCGAUUUUUAUUAAUAGAAAAUAAAGCCUGGUCCAAGUGGUGGAAUUCAUCUGAAGUACUGGUAAUAAAAUAGACAUCUCUUGUUCUA